AUGGAUAACAUGGCUCUGCAGCGUUUUGCCACCGCCGCACUUGAUCCAAGCAUGGUCGAAGUGAUUGGAAUCCCGCUUUGGGACCCAUGGGAGAUCCUGCACCGUUUUGGGGUAGAUCCGAUGGAUGUGCACUACGUCGUCGGCUACGAUGAUAGGAAUAUUCCCGAAUAUGUUUCGUCGUCAACUGGGUUGGCAGCUACAUUGGCGAGCGUCGCUUACGUCUGCACUACCGGGUGCGCGGUGAUGUGCGUGCAGAGCUCAAUUAUCAGCGGGACUUACGCGCCCUGCGGA